AGUUAUAUAGAAAAUUUUUAUUAAAGGAUUUGUAAUUCGUACGUAUAAAUACAGCGCGCAUUCCUCCAGCUCCAUUCUGCAAUUCGACAACAAACUGGACACGCACCACAAAUAUAAUGAACCCCGUAAUGGCGGCCAUACAAGCCGCGCAAAUGCAAAUGUGUAUGCCAUAUAUGAUGAAUUACGGUCCCGUCCCUAUUCCUUUUCCUAUGCAAAUGGCGCCGCAAUUUAAUUCAAGUACAUACGACGAAGAAGAAGACUAUUCCGCUAAGGAGGAUGACGAGGAACAAAGAACCUUGUUCUGUGGCAAUUUAGAUGAGCACGUAACGGAUGACAUACUCUAUGAGAUUUUUCUGCAAGCCGGACCUAUUGAAAGCGUUCGCAUUCCAAAGGACGGUGGCGGCAGACAACGCAAUUUUGGAUUUGUUACCUACUUCCAUCUGAGCGCUGUGCCGUUUGCAUUAGACCUGUUCCAAGGGCUCGAAUUGUUCCAAAAGAAGGUAACGAUAAAGGCACAGGCAGCAGAUCGUCCACAACAGAGGCAGUCGAAUGACUUUUCUGUACCGUCUGUUUCAUCUCGUAUGCGAAAUCCGUUUGCAAACGACGUUGCAAAAGGAGACCACGGGGCAGCGCGUCAUGCUCGCCAUACGCUCCACGACGCCAAGCCUUACGAUCGCAGCCCCAAACAUAUGAAUAACGAUGCACGGCGGCGCAGCGAUAGUGCUGUCUUAGAUCGCAACCGACCACGAACAAAUCCAUUUCUGCAAAACAGCAGUGGAGGAAAUCGCCGAUCUGAGCAACGUAACAACCACCACCACGGCCAACGGAAAUUAUACCUACGUAGACAGCUGACUGAUAGUGUUGAACAACAGCCGACGAACUCCACGUUUUGUUUACAUGGAAAAGAAGGAAGACGGACUAUUUCAAUGCAAAAUCAGGAUCUCGUGGAGUAUUUGGAAUCGUGUGGGAUAUGCCAGGUGUGUCAGCUGCGGUACUUGAAAGCACGAGGUACAGAGUACCGGGAUAUGAGCAAAACAUUUCAACGGCUGAAUGUUGAGCAUUCGGAUGAGCAACCGUUAAAAAAGCCACGUUUGGGCGUUUGCCCCACCUGCCUGGGCCUCUUCUCUGAGGAUUUUCAGCGUCAGUUGGUCGAAGGCAUUUUGGCAAAGGAUAUUUCCAAGUAUGACAGCGAUGGAAUUGUGUUAGCCCUAUGUCUGCCCAUGACGCUGCAAUUGCGGCAGCUCUCCAUGUGGUUUGCCUUGCGUCGCAAAUUUGGAUGCGUUAUAGACGACACAAAUGCGCCAGAUGUUCCCAUCAAGGAGGCAGUGAAGCUCAUACUCAAUCCCAUAAUAUGCGCGCAGCUUAAAAAGAAAAAUGACCCCAAUGGUCUUAUGAUUAAUGUGGAUUUGCGACACAGCGUAGAGGCAGGCGAAGUUGAAAAACUGGCAAAACUCCACAAAGCUGCGUUUCCAGGGAAACAAAAGCGGAUUGAAAUCUCGCGAGGAUUGCUCGAGAAACAAUAUCAACCCGCACGCAUAAAAGCAGAUCUGUUUGAGGAGUAUCUGCCCAUUCCACCGACUGCAGUGGACGAGCAGCUUCAGUUGAAAUCUAUUGUACUGACAGGGCCUUUGGUAUGUGUGGCCGGACGUUAUCGCAAACUAAGUCGGGAGCUAUCCCACACGCCGUGGGUGCUGCAUGGCCAGCGCAUGAUGGAGGAUAGCAUUGAGGAGCUUAUAAUCCAUAGUGUGGCGCCGCAUUUUAGUGAGAGCCAGGAGAAGAUUAUCUUUAUGUCGAGCGGUCGUGAAGAUGUCGAUGUGCGUUGUCUGGGCAAGGGACGUCCUUUUGCUUUGGAGAUCCCUGAUGCAAUGUGCAGCACGUUGAGUCGCCAGCUGGCUUUACAGAUGGAACAGGCGGUUGAUCGCUCGGGCAAGGUUUCUGUGCGCAAUCUACAGGUUGUGCCGCGUGAGGAACUCUUGCACAUUAAAACGGGGGAGGAACAGAAACGUAAAUUCUAUCGAGCACUCUGUACUAUGAAAGAGCCGGUAACUGUAGAUAUUCUGCAGAAGUUACAAAUUUCCGAGAGCUUUGUAAUACAGCAGAAGACGCCUAUUCGUGUGCUGCAUCGUCGUCCUCUUCUCACACGCCCCCGCACCAUUUACAGUCUUAAGGCGCGAGUACAACGUGGCCAGCCAAACGUCCUGAUUAUUGACUUGGUCACGCAGGCGGGCAUGUACAUCAAGGAACUGGUGCAUGGUGAAUUCGGGCGCACUACGCCAUCGUUAGCGUCGAUUAUUGGUAAACCCAUUGAUAUUCAGGCGCUGGAUGUGGUAGGCAUUGAUCUGGACUGGCCGGCCGAGGUGGAUAAUGCAAUAGCUGUUGAAGGUGAAGCUAUAGUGGAAUCUACUGUAAAUAGCAAGUAAAUAAAUAAAUAUAAAAUA